AUGGGGUUCCUUUGGACCGGCACUUGGAUUCUGGUGUUAGUGGUCCACAGCAGCCCAAUUCAAGCUUUCCCCAAACCGGAAGGCAGCCAAGGCAAACCUAUACAUAAUAGAGAAUUAAGUGCAGAAAGACCUUUAAAUGAACAGAUUGCUGAAGCAGAAGCAGACAAGAGUAAAAACAUAUACUCUCCAGAAAACAAGCCAGGUGAAAGCAAUUAUUCCUUUGUUGAUAACUUGAACCUGCUAAAGGCAAUAACAGAAAAGGAAAAAAUUGAGAAAGAAAGACAAUCUGUAAGAAACUCUCCAUAUGAUAAUAAAUUGAACAUGGAAGAUGUUGAUUCAACCAAAAAUCGAAGAUUAAUUGAUGAUUAUGAUUCUACUAAGAGUGGACUGGAUCAUAAAUUUCAAGAUGACCCAGACGGCCUUCAUCAGCUAGACGGAACUCCUUUAACCGCUGAAGACAUUGUUCAGAAAAUCGCCACCAGGAUUUAUGAGGAAAAUGACAGAGGAGUAUUUGACAAGAUUGUUUCUAAACUCCUGAAUCUUGGCCUAAUCACAGAAAGCCAGGCUCAUACACUGGAAGAUGAAGUAGCAGAGGUUUUACAAAAAUUAAUCUCUAAGGAAGCCAACAGUUAUGAAGAGAAACCCAAUAAACCCACAAGCAAGACUGAGAGUCAGAGUGGAAAAAUACCAGAGAAAGUGGAAAUUCCAAUGGCAGCAAUGCAAGAUGGUUUUGCUAAUGGAGAAAAUGAUGAAACAGUAUCUAACACCUUAACCUUGACAAAUGGCUUAGAAAGGAGAACGAAAACCUACAGUGAAGACAACUUUGAGGAACUCCAAUAUUUUCCAAACUUCUAUGCACUCCUGAAAAGUAUUGAUUCAGAAAAAGAGGCAAAAGAAAAAGAAACACUGAUUACUAUCAUGAAAACACUGAUUGACUUUGUGAAGAUGAUGGUCAAAUAUGGCACAAUAUCUCCAGAAGAAGGUGUUUCCUACCUUGAAAACUUGGAUGAAACAAUUGCUCUUCAGACAAAGAACAAGCUAGAAAAAAAUGUUACUGACAACAAAAGCAAGCUUUUCUCAGCACCAUCAAUGAAGAGUCAUGAAGAAACAGACAGUACCAAGGAAGAAGCAGCUAAGAUGGAAAAGGAAUAUGGAACCUUGAAGGAUUCCACAAAAGAUGAUAACUCCAGAGGAAAAACAGAUGAGCCAAAAGGGAAAACAGAAGCCUAUUUGGAAGCCAUCAGAAAAAACAUUGAAUGGCUGAAGAAACACAACGCAAAAGGAAAUAAAGAAGAUUAUGACCUUUCGAAGAUGAAGGACUUCAUCAACCAACAAACGGAAGCUUAUGUGGAGAAAGGCAUCCUUGAUAAAGAAGAAGCCGAUGCCAUCAAGCGUAUUUACAGCAGCCUGUAAAAAUGGCAAAAUGGUCCAGGAGUCUUUCCACUGUUUCGGAAGACAUAAUAUAGCUUAAAACUCUCCUAAUUCUGUGAUUAAAGUUAUUUUGACCCAAGGAG